AUGCCUACCAGAAACUCCGUUAAUAAACCUAAGGACAAGAUCAUUAGUAAUAGACACGCUGCCUCGAUUGGAAAGAAGAGGGCGGCUCGCUCUUCUAAAGCAAGAGUUACGGCUUCUUCUACUUCUAGAUAUGAUACCAACACUGUACCAAGACCCACAGAAUCCAAAGCACUUGCAUUAUAUGCUGGAAAGUCUGGAGACUCAAAACUUAUCACAAACAAUACACUUUCUAAUAAACGUGCCAAAAAAAUUGCUAGAAACCAAAAGUACGUAGACAAGAGAAAUGAAAAAUUGAAUAUUGAUAUUACUUCCAAGGAAGAGGCCAUGAUGGAAGACGACACUGAAGAAAGCUUACCAGAAUCAAGCACAUUGAAAAAAGUAAAGGAUGCAUUAUGGACCGUUAUCGAAGACAACGAAAAAAAUGGAUUAGAGAUCAAGACAGAUGGAGAAGGUACUACUUUAGGAAUACAAGCAUUUUAG